ACAGAACUUCAUCCUGAAAUCCUCCUUGUCUUCAUUGCCCCAGGCCAUCUCAAGGCAGCAGCUCACCCCAGUGCAGAACCUCUGGCUCGAGGCCCUGUCUCACCUUGUAGGGUAAUAAUUAAUCUGGAUUUUUUUUCCCCCACGUCUUCUUUUAAAUGCUCAGUGUAGUGAAAGUGAAACAGUGCUGAGUCCUUUCCAGAGAUCAAACAAGUGAAGGUGCUGGAGCUCUUGGGCAGGAGCAGACAGACCUUUUUUUCCACUUUUAACAGCCUUUUUCAGAGGGUAAAGGAGGAUGGAGAGCAGCACCAUUCCCAGAGGGAGCCCCCUCUGUGUGAGGGAUGGUGCCCCAGUCAGCUGAGCUGGCCCGGAGCUCUGUCCUGCAGCGCUGCUCGCUGGAUUUCCCGCAGCACGGAGCUGCUCCCACGUUCUGUGGAUCACACCUGUGCUAUCCCAGCUGGCUGCUGAGGGGAUCACUUCUGUCAGUCCUGGGUGAUUGCCAUCAACCUGCUUGGUAAAGCUCCUGUUGAAGGACCAGAUAAAUAGAAAUAUGGAGUUAGACACAAGGAGUGUGACCUCAGAACCAGCCUCUCCACUCAAGAGUCCAGGGGAGGAAAAGACGGAGGUCAUUUCUGAACUGAGCAGCUCAGACUGGCAGAGCAGGGACAGUGGGUUCUUUGAAAGAGGCAUUAAAACCCUGUUGAGCAUCCGGAAAUCAAGACGGAGUCUGAAGAAAGAGAAAGGGAAGGAAGAUGGUGGCACUUGGAAUGCAAAAAGACUUCUGCAAACACUCAGGAGCUAUGAGGAGAACAAACCCACAAUCUGUAAUAGCAUGGAGAAGGUUGGUGAAAUAUGUGAGCCCAUUGAAGCCAAACCUCUUUCAGUAAUGGAAAUCAAUGAACUCAUUCAGAAAAGACAACUUUUGCAAGCAUUUGCAAGUAUCAAGCUAAUGGAAGAUGAGACCAUCUCUGACCGAGAUUCUGAGAAAUACAGAGAUAACCCCCAGGAGCUUGCACGGAAAUCCAAGGAUGUGGAUUUGCUUUAUAACUCCAUCACAAAUGCAAUCAAGUCCAUAGUGGAGGAAACACUGGAGGAUCCCACUUUACAGCAUACCAUGCUGACCUCCAUGGUGACUUUAAUUGCCCUUGAAGAAGCAGCUCAUUCCAGCACAGACAGUGCUGCUCGUCCUGGCUCAGAUUUGCUGGGCAGGCCCAGAAAGUGGAGGGAGCAAUGGAGGGAAGCUGUCAAUGAGAGUGCAAGAAAAAGAGUCCUGAAGGCACCCAUGGCAUCAAGGGAACAAGAAACUUGGCUUGAUUUCCACUUACAUUUCCUCCAGGAACACCUGAGGGAAGAUUUACUGAAAAUCAAGUCAUCAGUGAAAAAAUGCUAUCCAGAGGAGUACCAGGUGUGUGACACAUAUGUGGGAGCUUUUCACAAUGCCAUUGCCUCACAUUUGCAAGAACUCUCCCAGGGACCAUUGGACUUCCAUGAGCUCUACACCUUGCUUAACUGGGUGGCCAACACCUACCACAGUGAAUUCUUUCUGGGUCAUCCUGAGCUCAAACCAGAGGUUAAGACAGAAAACCUGUCCUUGCUGUUAGCACCAGCUGAUUGGGAUAAACUGAAAAACGACUACAUUGCUUCUGCAAAGGAGAAAAUCAAAAGUUGUUUUGGAAACAUUCUGAGAUUGGAGGUCACAGAGAAGUGGGAGAAGGAAGUUCAUGUAGAAGAGGAGGAAAACCUCUACCACGCCUCAGUCUCUUUUGAUAUUCAAACGAUCAUUGGGGAGCACGUGAAGUCAUCUGGAGCUAUCAGUGGAGGCCUGGAAACAAAAAUGCUUGAGUUGUGCAUGGCAGAGCUGCUUGAAUUCAUACCAAGGUUUGAGCAGGAGUUCAUGGCGUGGAGCUCUGCCCAGGACAGCCCCAGCUUUGUGCCCCACCUUGUUGCCUACAUCAACAGCUUCCAUGAGCUGGUGUCAGGGUUGGAAACAGUGUUUAAAGUCAAUACUGAGGAACUGCAGAAGAUUUUGGCAGCUCUGACAAGGAACUUCACAAAUAUUUUUUUAACAAAAUUAAGAACAAAAACACAGCCACUCCUUAAGAAAAUCCUGAGCAAGAGCUGGAUUUUGGCGACGGAAAGGCCGGACUCUCUGGCGUCGGCAGUCUCGCAGUUCUCCGAGCACCUGCAGCACAUGAGGGAGCCACAGGGACAGGACCUUCUACAUGAAGUUCAUAAAUAUGUGGUGAAGGAAUAUGUCACACAGAUCAUCAAACCCAGAUGGAAAAUGAACAGGGACACACGUCAGCAAGUGAGCAGAAAGAUGAGCCAGGAAGCUGCAAUCAUUCACAAUGCACUCAUUGAUCAGGGCUCCAAAGCUGACUGGCUCCUCCCUGUCAUAUAUCACAUUGCCAAUAUCAUUGGGGAGAAGAAAAAAGACAAGAUCAAGGCAUAUGUCAAGGAGCUGUGCAAAGACUAUCCAGAUAUCAGGAAGGAGCACAUCCUGGCCAUCCUGGCGCUCCGGGUGCUGGGGCGCACCAGGAGAGCGGCGAUUUUGCGGCAAGUGUGCCAAGCACGGGAGAGCUCCAACAGAGGGAAGGGCGGCGCACUCUUCGCUGAAAUUGAUGUUCCAGUAAUUUGCAGCUGCUUCUAACACAGGACAAAGUCAGCAUCCUGCCUCCUCCUACACUGCCUCUACACAGGAUCCAAAAUCGGCAAACCCACCUUGCUCCUCUGCAAACCCAGAUUUUUUACUGCUAUGGAGAAAGGAGCAGUUUCCUGAACUCACUACCCCGAGUUCAGAACCCAAAGACAACAAAUGCACCAAGACAUCAACCUCCUGUAAGAGCUCCUGGGCAGCAGCUCCAGCCCAGGCACAGUGUCCACCUCAUAUUCCAUAUGGAUUCUAUUGCUAGGAGGCUGCUUCACUGUUUGGUACAAGACUAAAUAUAUUUUCAAAGAACAGGAGAAAAUCAAAAGCAGUUCACUCAGAGCUAUAUUAAGGCCUCAGCCCUAUAUUAAGGCUUGGACUGUGCUCUGCAUAAUUAUACAGCAGCAGAGCAAGAGCCUCCCUCAUAAUUAGUGCCCAUGAGCAACCAGGGGGCAGAGCUUGGGCAGGGAUGUGGUAGGAGCCAAGUUUUAUUUCCUCCCCCACAAACCACCUGACUGAGCUGGCAUGACACAAGGUCAUGACGCUGUGACCUGAGGCCAGAAACCACAACCUGCUUGGGGAGGAAAAUACUGGGUAACCAAACCCCAUGGCCAGGACCCGCAGCACAUGGAAUGCUCUCCCCUCCAGGGUGGCUCCCAUGGCCCCUCUGGCCUUUCAGCAGAUUCUCCUCAGUCAAGGACUGCCUUGCAAAACUCCUGUUGGACUGAAGAUCUGUUCAUGCCAUCACAUCUCCGCGUGUACGGACAUGUCUGGAUUGGAUAUGCCACGUGGAGAGAGGCUCCAAGUUCUCCUUGACUUGGAGAAAGUUCCACCAUGCCUCCAGUCCAUUUUCUUGAGUGUUUAAACGCAUUUUAAGAAAUCUGUUACAGUCUGACUGCAGUAUGAAACCAAAUGUGAGGUGGACAGACAGUGCUACAGAUGAGAUCCUCAUGUGGUGUAAACCAGCAUCAUCCCAUUGAUGGGCAUGGAUGGCUACAGGGUUAAAUCCACAAAGGAUCCAAGCAUUACAUCCAGCAUCUGCAGGAAAGACUGAAAGAAGCAUUCAGCAGCCUAAAGCUGUAUAAAUCUGAUUUUAUUUAAUUCAAUUUAUCCUUUAGGUUGCCCUCCACAGGAUUUAAUCUAAGACUUUACAGAGAUGUGUUUAUGACCUACUAAACUGAUAAAUGUGUCCAUGGCAUAGCCUUGAACACUAAUUUUUCUGGCAGCAGAGCUUACAGCAUCAGCAGUGAGUCUCUUUUGUUUUCUUUGCUUUGGGUUCCAUGAGUAUAAAUUUCAGCCUGGGUGAGCAGCAGGCACUGGUGACAGGCCAAGGGUGACAGGCCAAGGGAAAAUUUCUGAUGGAUAAAGAAGCAUAGAGUGCAUCUUUAAUUCACAAUCAUCAUAUGCAAAUUUUUCUAAGGAAGGCUUGUUACCUCCACAGUCAAGAUAAGGUGUUUUUCUAAACAUGGCUUUGAAAUAUCAGGUAUAAAUUGAGAGCCUGAAGCAGGAAAUCCUGGGUGGAAUUUCUACCCUGCAUCACUCUUCAGUACAUCUCAUGACAAUUCCCACAAACACUCAGCUUGGUGACUCCCUGUAUUUGCUAUGGAGAAGGAGAAGUAAAAUAUCCUCUGAGUCUCCCAUUAGGUGUGCAGAGCCCAUGAACACUUUGGAGCUCCCCUCCCCUGUCCUGGGGACAUGGUGCAAGCAGGGAAUCCUGUGAUUACACCCCGCCAUGGGUCUGUGAGCUACAUUCCCCCUCCCAGCAGCAGGGAGGGGCAUCAGUGCUGAGAGACUUACACUUAUUGUUAGAAGGAUUGACUGAGUGGGAAUGAUACAAAGAGGAUUUCAAAUUUUGCAAGCCAGGCCUGAGACUUCUAAAGCUGCACUCCUGGAGUGCUGGAUUUGAGGCACUAAAGCCUCAGUGAGAGAUUUUGUGCAUCAGAAAUUUCUGUUUACCAUAUAUGCAUCUCUCAUCCAAGCACCUCACACGAGGCAGCUGUGGCAUUUUCCCAAGGGGAUUAUUUAAAUGUAUACUGAGGUUUUCAAUCUCAUUAUUUUACUGGCCGACCUCCACAAAGCACCUGCCCUUCCUCAGGCCCCAGCUGCCCGUCCCUGGGAUUAGAUAAGGUGCUCGGUUUCCAUUUCCUCAUAAAAGCAAGUUGCUCCCCUGAAGUCAUGGAGGAAAGCUGGGCACAAUGGUCUGCCUUUUGUCACAGCCUCUCCUGGGAUACUCAGAUCCUGCAGCCUGGCAUCCUGUGAGUGCCAGGCACACAGCCAGCUUCCUCUGGGAGCUGCUGCUCUCUGGCUGCUUGCUCUUGAGCAAACCAGGUUAAGGUUAACCCCAUUAUGGCAAGGCCAUGGUUCAGCCCUGCCCCAACAGCUGUGCCAGUGGAGAGGGGGCUCCAGGAUAGGUGAGGAGCAGGGCUACCUCUGGGCAGGGGGAUGCUUGGUCUGGGCUGCAGAGCAGACCCUGGAGCCAGCUGAGCAAGGAAAAAGGAAGGGACGUGCUUUCCAAAAUGAGCUGCUGCUGUCCAGCUGUCUUCUGUGGAAGAACCAGUGUUCAUUACAGCCAUAUUUCACAUUCCAAACAACAACAAAAAAAAAGAGAAUAAAGGCCUCCCAGGGCUUUUAAAUGUGGAAUAUGUGUCUCUUGUAGGAAAGUGCCAAGAAGCUCAAUUAUUACCAUGUUAAUUCCUUCUGCUUGUUGUUUCUCUGUGAAGAAAAACAUCAUCAUCCCUAUUCCUAUCCCAGCACAGAGUUACAUUCCCUCCAUGACACUCUUCUCACUUUUACCCCAAAUGGCCCAAGGUACUAUGUGCAGAUGCAUCUCUGGUGAAUAAUGCUGUCUCAAAAGCAUCAAACUAAAUGAAAAAGCCAAACUCUUUCGGGA